AUGGAUGGAGAUUCCACGGAUCAGAGUCGCCCUGAGGACGAACGCUUUAAACUAAAGGCAAGGUUCAGAAAAAAGAAAGAAAAAAGGAUUGAAACCGACGAAAGAUUUAAUAAAGUGUUUAAAGAAGAUGUAAAGGCUAAGACUGGCCCCAAAAUCGAUCCUUUUGGACGUCCACUAGAUAAAUCGUCAUUCGACGAUGUGUACUCGUCCUCGGAAGAGGAGGAGGAAGUGUCGGAGACUGAAGAAGCGGAGGAAAAGGAGCAGAUAGAAUACGGAGAAGAGAGCGAUCGCAUCGCAGUGGUGGGCUGCGACUGGGACAACAUAACGGCAGACGACCUCUUUGUGCUGUUUGAGACGCUGUACAGGUCAAUAAACAACAACGACUUCGUCAAGGCGGUGAAGAGAGCAGCAAUAUACCUCUCAGACAUAGGAGAGAAGAAGAUAUCAGAAGAAAACGUAUCAGGGCCAUCACUGGACGAAGAGACUAGGCAGGAGGCGCUGAGAAAGUACCAAAGAGAAAGGUCGAGGUACUACUACGGAGUGGUGGAGCUGGAGUCAGUGGAAAAGGCGAGGAUCCUGUACGACGAGUUGGACGGCAGCGAAGUGGCUUUCGCAAUAGACGGGCUGGAUCUGCGCUUCAUACCGCCCUCAGUGGAGUUCCCGAGGAAACCGACGACAGAGUCCUUUAAAAUACCAGACAACUAUAAGCCGCCAGCGAACACUCAGUCGGCACUGAGGCACUCGAAAGUGGAGUGUAAGUGGGACACGACGCCCGCGAAGAGGUUUAAAACGCUGACCAAGAGAUUCACGGAAAAGGAGCUCGCUUCGCUAGACUUGUCAGAGUACUUGGCAUCAGACGAAAGCGAUGAUGACGCUGAGGAAAACAUAGAAAAAUACAAGAAACUGCUGAAAGUAAGCAAGAAGAUGAAUAAGUAUCCUAGGGAGAGGGAGAAGAGGGGGAAGCAGAUAAGUCAAGUGGUAUAG